AUGCAGGCAUUCACUCAUCAGCAUGGUUAUCGGCCUCUACAGGAAGAACGAGGUCCCCCAUGGGAGCACAAUCACGAACCUAACCAGUACCAACCAUUCGUACCACAAGAUGCCAAAUCAACAUAUUAUUCCACGACACACCAUCCCUAUCAAGGGAAGACGUCAACCACGGACAAUAUACCCCUGGUGGCACUACAGCCUCGCUCACUCGAUAAAAGCAUCCAAGAGUACAAAGAUACGAGUAGGAAAUGCCGAUGCGAUUGCGCUACCAUAACGCUCUGUGUUCUUGUCUGGCUAUUGAUUGCUGGAUCAGUGGCCAGCCUCAUCUUCGUUACGAGGGCCAAGAAGAACGAUGCAGGCUGGAUUGAUGGACAAACUGUUGCUGGAGCGUUCGGUCUGUUAUUGGGAUUCAGCGCCAUCGCUGCAACACUCAAUGAAGCACUUGUCGAUCGGGUGUAUAGGAGGAUCAAAGCCCAUGCGUUGCGUGGCCAUGUAUCGGGACACCAUCUGCGCGCAGCUAACUUCCAAAUGGUGGAUUGCCUGAAGAGAUUGGUCACGGGAAAGAUAUCUCGCAGAGAAUUUGGAGUCUUGGUCAGCACUAUGUUGUUGAGAUUGGGUCCUGCAGCAGCAUUCUCCUCUCUUCAACUCACGGUUCAGAUUGGAAGAAACCCCAAUAACCCAGCACUAUUCCUCACCCAGAUCCGGACACCUUGGGUUCCAGUUCCCUUGGCGCUGCAUAUCUUCUCGAUAUUCGCUGCUCUUGCAUUCAGUGGUCUCCCACCAUGGUCCUUGUUUUUCAACAAGUGGAACGAAAAAGUGAUCCUCGCGGCAUACCGUCCUUACCUCGACAUCGUGCCAUACGGCUCAGUAGCCACGGCCGACCAAGUCGCACAAUUGCUCGAUGACACAGCACUGCAACCAAGAGACUUCUCCUCCCUGGCCCUCGAUCACAGACCAGGCCUUCAAGCCGGCAAGAAACUCAAAGGAACAUUGACGGGGACACUGAUCAUCAUCGGCCUCCCGUCUCUCUUGUACAUCUACCAACACUAUGCCGACAAAGACGGUUUCGCCGUCGCACGAUUCACCUACUCGCUCGGCCUUAGCCUGUUCGGGAUCGGCUACACGCUAUCUCAAAACUUUGUCAUCUGGACACUUGGCCUCGAAGGCAUCACCGGCACUCCCCGCAGCGACACGAACCGCCUGGGUAGCACGUCGGGCCUCAUGCUGCUCGUCAAAGCAUUGCGACAGCGUCGACCUGUCCGAGUUUUCUUUCUCUACCUGCUCUUUUGGUUGCACGCCAUUACGGUCCGCCUCGUGCUGUUCGUCUACAUCUGGCUGCUUUCGGUGCAUAAAACCGUGCCUGAGCAGGUCAGCCAGGAUGUCGAUCAGCUGAGAUGGGCGAUGAACAUGUUCUGGCCGGUGAUUCUGUGGCUCUUCAUCUUGCCGCCCUUUGCCAUUUGGUUCUUCGUGCCGUUCAAAGCGCCGAUUUCGAAUCUGGAUGGAUGGCGGAUUGCGAAAAUCCUUGAGGGUGCCGUGCUGGGGAAGGGAAGGUAUGGUGUUGAUGGUCCUGAGGGUCAAGGAAUGGCAAGGUGGAGCAUGACUGCACGUUCAUUCAGGAAAGAGAGGUUGUUGUGA